AUGGUGGAAAUACAAUGUAUUGAAGAAAGUAAAGGACAAGUAAUUAGUGAUCGAAUGGAAAUCAAAAUACAAUAUAGUAUUCAAAGUAAUUUAACAAAAGAAGAAAAUGAAAUUCAAUUUGUUAUUGGAGAAGGAAGUGUAUUACCAUUUAUUGAAAAUUUUGUAAUUAAUAAAAGAAUUGGAGAAAAAUAUCAAAUAAUAACAAAAGGGAAAGAAAUAUUUGGAGAAGAAGGAUUUGGAGAAAGAAUUAAAAGUGAAGAAGAGGUAAAGAUAAUAAUUAAAAUACUAGAAGGAAAAGAAAUUAAAAAACCAAAAGCAUUUGAAGAAUGUAUAAAAGAAAUAAUAAAAACAAAAGAAAAAGGAAAAGAAAAGAUUACUAAAAAAGAAUAUAAAGAAGCAAUAAAAAUAUAUCAAGAAUGUGCAGCAGAAUUACAUAAUUUAAUAGAUGAUAUAAACUACCAAAAAUAUAAUGAAGAAAUUAAAAAACAACUUUUAUUAAUUCAUUCAAAUAUGGCAUUAUGUUGGUUGAAACUAGAAAAUUGGAAUGAAACAAAACAACAAUCAGAAGAAGUACUUAAAUUUGAUCCAGUUAAUGUUAAAGCGUUAUAUAGAAUUGGUGUUGUUUUAAAUAAAAAAGAACAAUAUUCAUUAGCUUUAAAUUAUCUUAAAAAAGCAAUGACAUUAGCAGAACAAGAUGGUUUAAUUAGAAAGGAAUAUAAUUUUGCUGCAAAUAACAUUAAUAAAAUAACAAAAAAAUAA